AUGAGUGAUACUGAGUGUGAGCCACUGGAGGGCAAUGCCGACUUCUACGGCCUCGGUAUUAGGAUUGGAUUUUAUUUACAGUGGAUUACCACUUAUUUGAAUUUUCUGUUCAAGCUGGAGCCCGCAUGUAUGCUCUACACGACAAACUCGGUGUUUGUGUUUGCGCUUGCAAUAGCACUGGUUGUGGCCUACGUCGAGGGCAGCCCGCCAAUUGAGAUUCACCUCAUGCUGCACAUUUCAUUGGGUUUCUUCAUGACAAGCCUGAGCACCAUGCGUAUUCGGCACUGGUUUCAAGAUCCUCGCCUUAUCGAUGAGUUUGUUGGGCGAUUGGCUGGCAUGUGGCAACGAUAUCCAGGGCUCUCGUGGAGUGGCGUCCUUUAG